UUUUUCAGUAAAUUUAUACGUUCUCAGAUAAAAAAAUUAUAGCCUUUUUUGUAUUUAAGCAUUCACAUUUUCAAAAGGGUAUUCAAAUUUUCAAGCUUUGAAUCCAUCAAAAUCGUACACACGUCUCUAUAACUCGUGGUCUUGAAGCUGGAAAAAAACUCAUUAACCCGUUGAAUAUCAUCAAAUCUUCAAUAUUUCUUUUCAUUCAAACUUAUUUUUCUGCACCCUCUAUUCCUCCAAUUGAUUUUGAUUAGAGAAUUCCACCACUGCUGCUUCGUGCACUGUCUUCUUCCAGCUUUUCGGCCACGUGUUUGAAGGUUCUAGUGGACCCCUUUCUCGCUAUAUAUAAGCACGGACGAGUCCUCCAUAGCCAGACAUACAUCCUAUUUACUGCAAGAGAAUUUGCCUUGGUUCGUUUGGAUCUGUUUUCUCUGAGAUACAACAUUGAUUCUUAGUCACAGGUGUCUUCAUAAGAUCAAACUCCAUUAGUGCUUGAAAAAUUUAUGGGUUUAUCGCUUUCUUUGCUCUAUUCAGCCUGGGAAGAAGUCGUCCGACACAGCUUCUUCCGUUCAACAUACAACUUUAAGCAUGGUGGUAUCCCCCUGAGAGCAGAUAGCUUCAAGAGAUCUGAUACUGAAACUAUGACCAACUCACUCAAGUCCAAUACAAGAAGUAAAAAUUCUAUAAAUCUGAAGAAUUGCAAACCCGAUAAUGUAGUGCUUGACAGGAAUUUAUCAUUCAAGACUCUAGUUCAAGACAAUGGCAACUGGAAUUCAGAUAUAGAUGGAUCAAGAAAAAAGCCAAUGCCAGCUAUUUCACUUCCAGAACCGGCGUUUUUCUUUUCGCCGAGGCCGGUCAGUGAGCUUGAUGCUGCUGCAGUUAAACUUCAAAAGGUUUACAAGAGUUACAGGACUAGAAGAAACCUUGCAGAUUGUGCAGUUGUUGUUGAGGAGCUCUGGUGGAAAGCUUUAGACUUUGCAGCUCUCAAGAGAAGUUCUGUGUCAUUCUUUAACGAUGAGAAACCUGAAACUGCUGUUUCAAGGUGGGCAAGGGCGAGGACAAGGGCAGCCAAGGUGGGAAAAGGAUUAUCAAAGGAUGAAAAGGCUCAGAAAUUAGCCCUACAACACUGGCUUGAAGCUAUUGAUCCUCGCCAUCGAUAUGGUCACAACUUACACUUGUAUUAUGAUGUGUGGUUCAGAAGUGAGAGCACCCAACCUUUCUUCUACUGGCUGGAUGUUGGAGAUGGCAAGGAAAUCAACCUGGAGAAAUGUCCAAGGACAGUUCUACAGCGCCAGUGCAUCAAAUAUCUUGCACCAAAAGAAAGGGAAGCAUAUGAAGUAGUAGUUGAAAAUGGGAAGCUUGUUUACAGAGAAAGUGGAAAAUUUGUGGAAACAGUUGAGGGUUCAAAAUGGAUAUUUGUGCUCAGCACAUCAAGGGCUUUGUAUGUAGGACAGAAGAAGAAGGGAAACUUUCAGCAUUCUAGUUUCCUCUCUGGUGGUGCCACCACUGCAGCUGGAAGGCUGGUUGCCCACAAUGGAAUUCUUGAGGCAAUCUGGCCAUACAGUGGUCAUUAUCACCCAACAGAAGAAAACUUCAGGGAAUUUAUCAGCUUUCUUCAGGAAAACCAUGUAGAUCUCACAAAUGUCAAGAGAUAUGCAAUUGAUGAUGAUAGUCCUUCAAAUGUUCUCCCUGAAGAAGAACAAAAGACAGAAACAAUCAUGUGUUCUGCUUCUGCUUCUCAACCCAACAUUGCAAAUACACCUGACAUGGAUUUGUCCACCAAGGAGAAUACAGAGCAAGACAAUAAGACUAACAAUGCCAAUGUGAAGGCAACUGUUUUUGAGUGGCCUGAAAGAUUACCAUGCAAGUGGACAACUGGGACUGGACCUCGCAUUGGCUGUGUCCGAGACUACCCUACAGAGCUGCAAUCAAGAGCAUUGGAACAGGUUAAUCUAUCUCCCAGGGUGCCUCCUGGGACUUUUAGCAACUAUGGACCAAUCCCAUCUCCAAGACCCAGUCCAAAGGUUAAGGUCUCCCCUAGGCUCGCAUACAUGGGAAUCCCAAGUCCCAGGACCCCAAUUCCAGUAGCCUAAGCCACUGGUGAGACAAAGGAAUGGAUUUUGCUCAUGGAUUGGCAGCAGAUGGGGCACUGCUGGUGCUUAAAUAUUGAUAUGAAUAAGGAUGGAUCAAGGGACUAACCCAAUUCUUUUGUUUUUUUUUUCUCUUCAUUUAUUACUUAAUUCUUUUGAGAUGGCUUCACUGAGCCAACCUUUUUUUUGUUGAAAUUUAACCCAAUUUUUAUGGCCCUUGUUUUUAAUGUUGGGUUUUGUAUAUCUUUCUUGUAUACGGACACUUGAGAUAGUAUUCAUCUUUAGUGAAUUCUUAAUCCAGCUUCUGAUAUCCAUUGUUAAAGUUUUGCUUUGAGGUUAGAUCUUUGAUUUUCUAUGGCAGAAUUCAAGUUUGAAAUAAUUUAGAAAACAAAACCACUUCAAUCUUUCUCUAUUCUUUUCUCAAUACCUAUAUA